AGUAAUGUUUUCAUUAGUUCAGGACUGAGACCAAUGCACCUUAUGAUCGGGAGUAAUACCACACUGAAUAAUGGGCUAAACUUGCACAUCAAAGGUCAAUAUGUGAUUGUUGAGGACUGCAAUAGUUUACUUUUAACAUCUGUAGUCAAACUUCAGAUACAUGCAGCAUAUAUGAGCUGUGAAAAUGAUUUCAUUGGGAAAUAUGUGCCAUCAGUCGUCAGUCUGGAAUUUCAGUCAAUGUUCUCUGACAACAUUGGAGACUUGUCUGUGAUCAAUCAGCUUUUUCAUUUAAAAACUCUAAAACUGCGAAACAUUGAGUUUACAAAUCAGCCGAACACGGGCAUAAUGUUUCACAAUCUGACAAAACUGGAGACUCUGAUUCUGUCAAACUGCAGAAUUUUCUUUCUAGAUGGAAGUCUGACCAAGGACUUAAAGGCACUGACAAAACUUUUGCUUUCCGCAAAACAUACUGUUAACAUUCUACAAAGUUUUGUGGAACAUCUUGUUCAUUUGGAAUACAUCCAUAUUGAUAGCAUAGAUCUGUACUGUAGUUGUGAUAAUGCAUGGCUGUUCUCGUGGGUGAAGGACAACAGGAAGGUGGAGGUUGUCGUGUCAAACCCCAGCAUGCAAAAUUUGCAGUGUUUUAUUGGUAAUGAAUUUGACCAACUCAACUUUGUCAGCUAUGUCAAGGAGAACUGCUUAUUUGACCUUGACUUUGUGUUGUUCACCAGCACUUCUGUGUUUUUGUGCAUCUUUAUUGUUGUGGUCCUGAUGUAUAAUUUUGUUGGCCAGUACUUAAAGCCAUUCUAUCACAUCGCCAAUGGAUGGUUUCGAGAGGCUUUGCGUAUGAAGGAGAAACAGCAGUACCGCUAUGAUGCUUUCGUGUCUUACAGCGGUAAGGAUGAGCACUGGGUCAUAGAGGAACUUCUUCCAAACUUAGAGCAGCGCGGGCCUCCAUUUCUGCGUCUCUGUCUGCACAGUCGGGACUUUCAGUUGGGACACGACAUUGUGGAAAACAUCACAGACAGCAUCUAUGCAAGUCGCCGAACUCUUUGUCUCGUCAGUCGCAACUACCUCAAUAGCAACUGGUGCUCACUGGAGAUGCAGCUGGCCACCUACCGGCUCCAGGUAGAACACAGAGACAUUCUUAUCCUGGUCUUCCUAGAAACCAUUCCAUCUUGCCUGCUUUCCUCUCAUCAUAGACUGGCCCGGCUGGUAAAAACUAGGACCUAUCUGGACUGUCCACAGGAGCCGGAGAUGCAUGAUGCAUUCUGGGACAGGUUGUGGUGUAAACUGAGCUCUAAUAAAGCCAACUAGACUUUC